AUGUCUGCUAUAAGAAAAAUGAGAAAACGAGACAGAGCAGCAGGGAAGGAAAGCAGAGCCCGGGGGUCUCCGAGCCCCUCGCUGCUUUCCCGCGCGCUGAUUGGACAGAGCGGCCCAAGGACGCCCCGCCCCCAGAGCGGCUCCAGCCCCGCAGCGGCGCGGGGGGCUCAGGGCGGGAGCGGAGCGGCGGCGGAGCUCGGAGAUUGCUCCGGCACAGGGGGACCCGCGCCCGGUGUGCCCCGGCUCGGGGCUCGCUGCGGGCCGAGGGGCCGCGGUGAGGGGCAGGGGCCGGUUCAGGUGAGUUCCCUGUGCCGGGUUCCCCCGUGUCCUCCCGGCGCUGAGAUGGCGGAGGGAGCGGCUGCCCGCGCUCUCCUCCUUGCCCGGUCGCUGGGGACGAGGCGGUGCCGCAGCAGCGAUGGCUCAUCCCGGCUGCUCUCGCUGGGACACAGGGGCUGCUCCGUGCCCGGGACACUUCCCGGCCCUGCGGCCCCGGGCAGUGACCUCUCCUCAUGUCCCUUUCAGUGCCACCAGCGCGGCUGUGAAGCUGUUCUCGAGACCGAUCUCCGAAAGGCUUUUUCAGCACUCCUGAUGUCUCUGGAGCAAGGGGCUGUUUGUUCCCAGCAGAGAGAUGCCGGCUGUGAGCUGGAGGAGAGUGAAUUGUGCUCCGAUCAUGGAGUUGUGCAGGAGCUCCUGCAUCUCCAGGAGGGACCAGCAGCUGGGGUUCCACACUUGCCUGGGGUGCAAGAAGCCACUUGUCAUGAGCAGGCGAAUGCCACUUGUGAGCGUGCAACGAGUGGAGAUGUGGAAAAUAAAUUCUGCAUCAGUGAUGGGAGUGUGAGGGAGCCCCUGGGUCCCCAGGGAACAUCAGCACCCGGCAAUGCACACAGAAGGAUCCUCAGAAGAUUCCCGGGCAAGCGGUUCAGGUGCCGUGCCGUGCCCGUGUUGGUGCUGGUUGUGCUCGUGUUGCUGGUGCUGGCUUUGGCGGUGGCCUUGGCUGUGCAGUCAGCCCCACAGCUUCCAGUCAUUCCUGCGACUCCACAGUGCUGUCCCUCUGGCUGGGUUGGCUACAAUGGGGUCUGCUACUACUUCUCCAGGGAUUCCAGCACCUGGGAGCAGGGUCAGGAACAGUGCUCUGAGCUCGGGGCCUCCCUGGCCAUUGUCAAGGAUGAGCACAUGGGUUUGCUCUUCCGCCUCCGCGGGAACGUCGAUUACUGGCUCGGGCUGCGCAGACGGGGCCAGCGCCUGCACUGGGGGGACGGCAGCAACUUCAGCUCCUGGGUUCCUGUCCUUGGCGAUUCCGAGUGUGUGUACCUGGCUGAGAAUGUAUUUGUGAGUCAGAGCUGCUCCAAUGAGCGGCCGUAUCUAUGCAGCAAGGCCCAAGCUCCCCUGUGACAGGGGCUGCAGAAAGGACCUUCUCCACUCUGGACAGUCUCAGUUUCACCUCUCAGCCCGGCACAGGCUGUCCUUGCUCAGCUGCAGCCUGUGCCUUGCCCUCACUCUCAGGGUCACCUCGGUGCCUGUUCCUCGCUACCGCCAAGGCCGGGCUGGGUGUCCAAAGGAAAAGUCUCCGCAAUCCCUCCUGGCCCCGGUGCUGCCUGCAGGGAGGGCAUUGCCCCCGUGACACCCCCAGCUCCAAGGGCAGCCACCAGCGCCCCUGCCGGCGGUGCGGGAACUGCAGCCAAGGGGAAAGUGCCCGCGGCCGAGAGCGCCUGGGGCUGGGUUUGGGCUCUGUUUGUUGUUCAUGCCGCCCUCGGGGUUGUCUGUCCGCUUUGUGCUAUGUUCCAGUAAAGAUCUGUUA